UUUAUCGUUCUAUCGUGAUUGGGAAGCCGAUUUUUCUUUUCUGAUGAUGUGCUUCUUGUGUUGACGAACGCAAAUAAAAAUUUCGUUUUCUCUAUAAAUAAAUAGUUUUAGUGCAGAAGUGUUGUUUUAUAGCGUAUAUAACAUCUAUCAAUAUUGAUUGUUACGCUUAUCAUAGAUACCUUUCGUCACAAUGGCCGAUCCACUGAGUCUGCUGAGGCAAUACAACAUCAACAAGAAAGAAAUUAUCGAACGCGACGGGCAGAUUAUUUUUGGUGAAUUUUCUUGGCCGAAAAAUGUAAAAACUAACUAUCUGAAAUAUGGUUCCGGCAAGAAAGGAGCUCCGAAGGAGUACUACACUUUGGAGUGUCUGUUGUAUAUAUUGAAAAAUGUCGCACUCCAGCACUCUGUAUACGUUCGGCAGGCCGCUGCCGAAGACAUUCCAGCGGUGAACCGUCCGGAUCGUAAGGAACUUCUCCAAUAUCUCAAUGGCGAAACGAACACUUGCGCCAGCAUUGACAAGAGUGCUCCGCUGGAAAUUCCGACGCAAAUUAAGCGGCCGGCAGAAUCGGAUACCUUGGAAAAUUUAGCAAAGAAAGCUCGUUAUGAAGAUACCCAAGUGCAGAAAGUUAAGGAACAAUUAGCAGCUCGUUUAGACGUAAACAAGAAAGAAGCUUCCGUCAACAUUGACAACAUCAAGUCGCUGUCGGAAACUAUGUCCGUAGAGAAGAUUGCUGCCAUCAAAGCGAAGCGUUUAGCCAACAAAAAGGUAACAAUUAAACGUACCGAUAAUGACGAUACUAUGGGUGUGGGUCCAGAUCUGCGUGCCAUCCUGGAUUUCGAUGUGGAUUCCACAAAGGAUAUCAUAAGUAGGGAACGGCAGUGGCGUACAAGAACCACGAUUCUGCAAAGCAAUGGCAAAAUAUUUGCCAAAAAUAUCCUGGCUAUCCUUCAGGGUAUCAAAAAUCGCGAAGAAGGUCGCGGGCGUCCUCAGGCCCCGGUUAUAAAAUUACCGGAGCCUCCUCGCGUGAUUCGACCGCAGCAACAGCCAGCACAGUACAAUCGAUACGAUCAGGAGCGGUUCAAUCGUCAGAAGGAGGAAACUGAAGGAUUCAAGAUUGAUACUAUGGGUACAUAUCACGGUAUGUCAUUGAAGCUGGUAACAGAGGGCUCGGCCGCGCAGAAGAAAGCUCAACAGCAACAGCUGCAGCAAAACAACAACAAUAACGUUCUGGGUGGUGCGCUCCCACCCGGUCGACCGAAGGACUUGUUGUCGACGGCUCAAGCAAGAAUGUUGCCACAAAGCAACAGCAACAAACGGCAAAGCCGUACUCCCAUCAUUAUUAUUCCAGCCGCCACCACCAGCCUGAUCACGAUGUAUAAUGCGAGGGAUAUUCUGCAGGAGUUAAAGUUCAUCACUACGGAAGAAAAGAAAGCUAAAGGCGGUGUACGCGAUAAUGAAGUUCUAAUUCAGCGUCAAAAAGCUGGAGGUCUUACGGUACCCUACCGUGUCAUCGAUAACCCGAUUAAAUUAACUGCACAAGACUGGAACCGAGUUGUUGCUGUUUUCGUGAUGGGUCCGGCAUGGCAGUUCAAGGGAUGGCCCUGGGACGGUAAUCCGGUUGAAAUUUUCUCUAAAAUUGCUGCCUUCCAUUUGCGAUACGAUGAAAUGAAAUUGGAUGCAAACGUUGCACGAUGGGCUGUCACGGUGCUCAACGUAUCCCGAACCAAGCGACAUCUCGACAAAGCGAGUUUGAUGGUGUUCUGGGAAAAACUUGAUCUAUACAUGACUAAGUAUAAGCCAGAUUUGCGUUUUUGAAUUUUUAGUUGCUUGUUGAUAACAGUUAAUACAACUUUCAUGCAAAUUGUAACUAUUCGAUUACAACAGGUCAUAACCGUAGUCCAUUAUGUCUACUUGGCGAAAAUAAAAUAUUUUAAGGUCAUGCACAGAUUAUUUUUGUUGUCCAGAAAACUAGGUUAUUACACAGAAUAAUUUGAUAACUAAAUAAUACAGAUUAGUUAAUUUGUGGAUUAAUUUGUCAAAGCCGUGAAAAUUUUCCUGGGCAAAAUAUGUAAGUUUUCAUGGUUUAAGCAGACGUAAUAUUUUAAUAAACUGUUUAAGUAAAUUCUUCGGCAACUUAAU